AUGAAUGUGACGCCUGCUGUGAGAAAUUUUCCCCAAAGAAUGACAAUUUUGGACAUUGACCUUAACGGAUUACCAGUUGCUGAUGAGGAUGACGGACCUUCGAUUCCGUUAUUAGAAGUUGAACAGCCUGUCAUUAUUAUUGAUGACGAUGAUGUUAUUGAAUCUUCUCCGAGAGCUUUUGCUGAAGCAGCUAAAAACAAGUCAAGAAAUCGCAACAGAAGCAGUAGACAACCUCUAAAUGAAACAAUUAUUAAUUACAAUUUUUAUAUAAAUUUGGAAGGCGGCGACGAAAGUAGCAUAGCUAUGGAUAUGAUUGAACCACCACCAAAGGAACCUGUAUUCAAUUGUCCAAUAUGCAUGGGACCUUUGGGAGAAGAAAUUAUGUCAACAAGGUGUGGUCAUAUUUUUUGCAAGAAUUGUAUUAAGACUGCUAUAAAUGUUCAAGGUAAAUGUCCCACAUGUAGAAAGAAGGUUACUGUUAAACAGCUUGUUAGGGUAUUUCUCCCAUCACCGAUCUGAAAGGAAAAACCCUUAGAAGACUGGGUAGCAGUUUUUUUUUUUUUUUUUUUUUUUGGUAGAUUUUCUCUUUUUGUUUUUUUAGCUUUCAUGUUAUCAACCAUUAGUCUAUCUUUUUUGUUGGAUCAUUUUUUAUGCUUAUGAUACUCAUGUCACAUAUGUUGUGCACCUUAGACACGGUUAGGUUGUUUGUGUGGGUGGAUAAUAGGUGUGGUUGGAAAAGUAGGUCGCUUCGCAUAUUUUAAUUUUUGUGAUUGAGAGUUUGUAUUGGAUUAGGU